AUAUGACUUUUGACGUUUGUGGUCCUUGUAAUCCCGUGAUACUCAAAGGGGUUUGCCACUUUAACAAAGUCGUUCGAUUUUUCGCGUUUAUUUAACGAAAAUCGAAAAAUGGGUGCGUCGGCUCUGCCUUUCAUCGUUUUCACUGUGUUGUGGGGCGGGGUUGGUAUUGUUCUACCGAUAAUUGUGCCCAAAGGACCUAAUCGAGGCAUUAUUCAAGUAAUUCUGAUGUUGACGGGGGUGACUUGUUGGUUGUUCUGGUUGUGCUGCUAUGUAGCACAGAUGAAUCCCUUAAUCGGUCCUAGAUUGGAUAAGCACAUGUUGUUAAUAAUGGCCAAAGAAUGGGGAAAUCCACUCAUCUCAACAUAAACAAAAUACAUUCCACACUAAUUUUAAUUUAAUGUUAUUGUGUUUCUGUACAUAAAGAAUUGUCGCCCCUUAUGUUGUUGAUAGGUUUAUUCAUUUGAUUGAGAUAUUAUGAUAAAUCUGGUUUCGUUCUAUUGUAACUAGAGGUGUUAAUAAAUAAUAUUAAUAUUCA